AUGCCAGAGCAUGCGCAGCAGAGUGCCGUUCCUGAUCGUGGUGGUGCUUCUCAUCAUCCUGAGGCUCCUGCCCACAAGUGGCCGAAAGGGGGCAAGGAGGGCAAAGGAAGCGGUGCCACCGACUCGUACGACGAAGCUGAGGGCGAAUUCUGGGAGCCGCCCACGUUUCCGCCUGGAGAACAAGAAGCACACGAGCUCAAGAACUAUAUUGAUGAGGUUCAGAAGUCUCUUAUGGAUUCCAUCGGCGCCAUCCGCACACAGGUCUCCUCGCUCGCAUCAACGGUGCAGACGGCCUGUACAAGUUUGGGUUCUCAGGUUGAGAGCAGGAUGGGAACGGUCGAAGUUAGACAGAAUAAGACUGAACAGUAUACGAAAUCCUUGGAGGCAAGGAUCAAGCAGCUUGAGGACACCCUCGGCAUUAUGCGAGCUGAGAAGCCGAAGAUUGAGACCGACACGAGCUUCGACAGAGACCCCAACCCUACCAUCGUGGUGUCCAGAUGCCGCACUCUGGUUACCAAAGAGCAGGUCAAUGUCGCAAUUCAGGAGUGGAUGGAGGCCGCCAACUGUCCGUCUUCUGAGUAUGCGAUUGUCGGGGAGCCCGCGGCGAAGCGCUUCGACAUCCAGUUCAAAGGACAAGCAGGUCUUGCGGCUCGCCGUACCUCUAAGGCACUCAUGUUCCUCAAGCGUGGGCCCAACGACUGGCGCAGGUUCGUGGUGGCCGACAUGACUGGAGUCCAGCAAGAGUUGCACAUCGGCCCUGACAAGUCACAGGCACAGAUUCUCAUGGAGAUCACACUGAAGGCCAUCAAGCGCGCAUUCAUCCAGGCCUUCCCCCAUCAGUGGAAGCCAAUCCUGCGCGUGGUGGUGCACAAGGAGCAGCCGACCACCGUGGAGUGGGCAGUCGAGAACAUUGCGGCGCUGGGCCUCGACCGAGCCGAGAUCGAGAAUGCGAUUCAACCCGCGAUCCAGCAGCAGACAACGUCUACACAGUGGAGCCUUGAGCGCGGUGAUGCGAGCAUGGGCGGGAGCUUCCACAUCCAGACCACCAGCGACAGCAGC